AUGAGCCCUGUGACGAAGUACGCCUUGAGGACCUCAGCAGCUCCGCUUGCUGCAUGCGUUGCUUUGAUUGUCCACUUCGUGACUAUCACGAUCAACGGGAAAGCCCGCGGUGAUGGUCGGUGUGAUCUUGACAUGAGCCGGCUGCUGCGCACAGUGGGUUCCUUGUUCAAGGGUUUCUUCAUCGCCAUCUUUACUGCCAUGCUUGCGCCGUUCCAGUGCAACGAGCACCCGAACGGACGCUUUACGGUGCAAGAGUACGAUUCCGUCUUCUGCAGUGGGCAGGGUGAACAUUUGCAAAUGAGUGUGGUUGGUGGUGUGGCCUCGCUGAUGCCUAUCAGCUUCCUUGCAAUGAGCGUUUGGGUGACGUGGGUAGAGCUUCCAAGAAGGCUUCUGCGUGCUGAUGCAGCCUAUUUCAGGGCUUGUGCUUUCCUUUGGUCGCGGUUCCGACCCGGAGCAGAGCUCUACUCGGUUUUGUACCUCACACGAAACGCGCUGAUCGCUUUAGUGCCGUUGCUGCCAUCGAUGUCUGCUCAGAUUGUGGCAAUGAAUAUGAUCCUCUACUCCAGCGUGGUGGUGGUUUCCUUGAUUCAGCCCUGGCGCUUCAUCGCCGGCAAUGCCUUGGAUGUCAUGCUCCAUGUCGGUUUGCUGGUAGUCCUGGACAUGGCCUCAACUUUUGCGGGGGCGGAGGCGGACAGCGGCACAUCGGUCGUCAUGUGUUUGUUCUUUCUCUUGCUCAUGGGCCUUGGAGUGGUCGGCGCCAUGGCCUAUGGGGUGAUCCUCCAUGUUGCACGUGGGCGCAGGAAGCCCUGGCACUUCUUCCUUUCGCACCAGAAGAGCACCUCCGGGUCUCUGGCGCGCCUCUUGAAGAUUCAGCUGCUGAAGAGAAGCUCUCGAUUUACGACCUUCAUGGACACAGACAACCUGCGUGAUCUCACAGAGCUGUUCGGCUUCGUGCGAGACACCCAUACCUUCGUCUUUCUGGCAAGCCCUGGGAUCGAACGCCGCAAGUGGUGUGUCGGCGAAAUCGUCACUGCAAAGCUUCAUGACAUCCGUACCAUCAUGCUACGCUGGCCAGCCUUCCAAGAACCCGAUGAACGAUUCCGCGAGAAUCUGACUUUCGCGAUUCCUGGAAUCGAGAUUCUGGCAAGUUAUGGUAUGUCUUUGUUGGAUGUAUCGGAGACCUUGAAGUGGCUCCACACUGUGGAGACGAUUCCAAUGCCGCCGACGCUGAACUUGGAGACGAUGGGCCGCAUCUGUGACUCCUUGACGCGGACUGUGGCCCCACGCGUGGAGGACCGGUAUAGAGUAAAGGAUUUAGGGUGA